AUGACAGCAAAUGGGGCUAUGACAAAUAAUAAUAAUAAUCAAACUGGGCUCAAAUCUGUACAAAGACGACAGCCUGCCAAACCAAUGGAGAAAACGACUCAUGCAAGUUCAGGAAGAGCGUCUGCCGCCACAUCAGCAUCAGAGCCCGCUCAAGUUGCCGUUAGUAAUAAUGUUGGUGCGUCAAAUUUGAAUUCUGCUUCUCCACCAUUUUAUCCUUCGGGUUCUACAAAAGAUGCUCAAAGUGGAUCACUUAAUCGGGGUCCACGUCCUCCAGUCAUGGUAGAAAAUUAUCGUAUUUCUCAGUCCAAUGUUUCACGGGGAAGAAAUGUUUCGGUUUCAUUAGGUAUGGACAAGCUUCAUAUAGAUGAUUCAAUCUCUAAGCCUCGAGUCCCUCAAGUGGCCUAUCAACCGGUGUCAUCUUAG